AUGUCGCUUUUCACGGCGCAGCUCUACCCAGGCCGGGCCCUAGGCUUCCUGGUACUCGGCGCAUCGCUCCAUGAGGUCCUCACACGCCUCAAGGCCGAGCCGCACCGUUUUCCAAAAUUCGAGGUCCUUCACUCACCAGAUAGGCCCGUCACCGAACCUGUUUGUAUUGUCCUUCCGCGGAAUGGAAUCCGGCUGCGCUUCGAUGGGCCCGAGCAGCGGCUGCGACUGAUUGAGGUGGUGGAUUUUACAAAAACCCACAUCACGUUCAAAGAUAGGGAUUUGCUGAAGCACACGACGAAUGGAACUUCAGCUCCCAGCUCGCCUAGCCCAGGGGAGUCGUCGCUAGGGCCAACGUUUAGACACAUUUACCAUCGGCUUCUUGGUCCUACCUAUGCCGGCGAGUUCAUUCCCUCAACCCGCGGGCAGGAAGACGGUACCUAUGUGCUGUCAUAUCCAGGGGUGGCCUUUAAUUUUUCGCUGGCCAAAUCGGCAUACUCACCCGACAAGGAUGUCGUGACGCUGUUGUCGGCUUCGUCGAGCCAGGUUGCUACUUCCAUGGCGGUAUUUAGCGGAACGUCGUGGGCGGAAGCGCGACAGACACUGUGGACAGAGACACUGCCUAGUGUUAAACAGAGCUCCGUACUACCAAAGACCAAGGACGUGUAUCCGGACGAGGUGUCGCUGAUACGAAUACACGGCGGUGGCAAGGUGGACUUGUUUCGCAGGUGGACGAAUAAUGCCUUUCGGAUUCAGCUAGGAGAAACGACACCCCAGGAGCUGGUCAUGGAGCUGGGCCCACCGAAUGCUAUCUACCGGAAAAAUGAUCAGAAGAUGGUGAUUCACAAGAAGCGAGCGGCGAGCGGCUCUCGUGGACGGCCAGGUUCGUCUGAUAUCGGCCGGCCCGAUGAUCUCACCGACACAGACCAAUCAUCGAUGAACACGGGGUCAGACGAUUCAGAUAACGACGAAGUCAUGGACGAACAAACAGCCAACAAUCCUUGGGCAGAAUGCUUCUACAACUACUUCCAUCUCGGCUUUGACAUCCUCCUCUCGCUACCAGGAGAGCCGUCGGCCGUGCCUCCCGCAGGCGACACCAACGAAGACGCCGCAGGAAACACCAUCAAACGUCAUCGUCCCGACCGUCUUGUGGCGUCCAAAGUCGUCCUCCACGGCAACGUGCCCGGCUCGUACGAGUUCAACCGCCACCGCCGCUGCCGGUGGGAGAUUGCGUACCUCAGGGAUGUCACGUCGGAAACGGAAUUCAGAUACGUUGAAAAAGAGAUGAAGGCCAAAUGGGAGGGCGCAUAUUCACCGGGCAAAGUGCCACAAACACAAAGGGGAAUGGCGUUGAACCGCGGAUGGGGCGACAGUCCGGGGAGUAGCUGCGAGUUUUUGGGCGGCUGGGAAGAGAGCGGCGCCAAGAGGGCGGAGGCAAACGGCGAUUCGACUACGACGCUAUAUGGGUUUCCAGGCAUGGUAUUCGAGGUUUUGAGGAAUGAUUAUGUUAAUACGGUGACGAUAUUUUGA